AUGGUAUCUUGAUGAAGGACCUGAGCACGGCACGACACAACAGCGCACGGGAGAGACGGACCCAGACCGCAGUGGCACAGGCGCACAGCAGAAAGGCGAGGGAGAGGAGAGCCGCCCGCAUCCGCGCACCGCACCGCACCGCGCCGCGCCGUUCAGAGAGGGAGAGGAGGGGACGCGAGGAGGAAGAAGAAGCAGGCAAACAGCAGCAGAAGGCAGAAGCCCCGUCCCAUCCCCGGCAGCCCCCUCCAUCCAAGUGAUUUCAAGUAGCCACCGAGAAGCGGAGAAGGUGACCGCACCUCACGCAAUUUGCCCCUGCCCGUCGAUUCCAUCGCCUCCCGCCGUCCCUUCCCUCCUCUAGGGUUGUCUUGUGGGUGCCCGUGCUUCCCACCCUAGGGGCAGGUCCAGGGCCGGGCCUUCUCUUCGCCCCGCCUCCGCUGCUCUUUUCUUUGCUGCUAGGGUUAGGUUAGGGUUCGACGCUGUGGGGAGGGGCAUCCUCCUCCCUCGCCGCCGCCGCCGCCGCCAAUGCCUCCCGGCGGUAGGCGCGGCGCCAAGCAGCGCUCCAACUGGACCAGGGAACCCCAGCUAGGCGACCUUGUCCUCGCCAAGAUCAAGGGAUACCCGUCCUGGCCAGCUAAGAUCAGCAAGCCCGAGGACUGGAAACGUAAGCCAACGCCAAAAAAGUUCUUCGUCUGCUUCUACGGCACCGGGGAGAUUGCCUUUGUACCUCUGGCAGAUCUUGAGGAAUUUACUGAGAAGAAAAAGAACGAUCUGUUAGAUCGAGCUCUUAAAGUUCAAAGAAAAUAUGUUCAACAAUUUAAUGUUGCUGUGGAGCAGAUCUGCAAGGCUUAUAAUGAAUUGCCAAAAACAUCUGAAGCCGCAAAUGUAGCAUUGCCUGAUCAGAGUGAAAAGACUACAGAGCACCUGGUGAGGUCACCUGAUAUUGGUGGGACUCCAGGACUGGGACAAAUGGAAGAUGAUCCCCCUACUGAUUGCUCAAGUACUUCAGGGCAAGGGUCAGGGACCGAGGAGGAUGUCAAAGAUGGUGGUCAUGAAAUAGGUGAUAAUUCUUUGGCAGUUCCUCAAAAGAAAGCAUCUUUACAACAGGAUCCUAAGCAUCCCAAGACAAAGAAGUCUGCUGCAUCAAAGUCUGGUUUUGACAUGUACACAGAACAGGAGCAUUCACCAACAUCUCUGCGGGCAGAAAGGCAGAUUGAAGAGGUGAAAAUUGAAGAAGAGAGCUGUCAUCUAGAAGGUUUUGUUUUGGAACCUAACUUGGAGGUGGUUUGCGCCCUUGAAGUGCCAAAGAAUUUUAAAUCCAACAAGCUGUUGAGGAAUGCUGAAAGUAAGGAAAAUGAGCAUGUUGGUGUUGGUAGUCCUACUGGAAGGAUUGCUGUUGAGGCCGCAUCUGAUGUUGUAUUAAACAUGAGUGCUGAAGAAGAGAGCAGAGAAUUUAAGAAGUCAAAAAUCAUGACAAAACAAUCACUGACUACUGGUUCAGAGAAAAGGGAUAAUAAAAUUGUCCAUGGAAAGCCUGACAAGCAAUUGACUGGAAAAUCAUCUGCAGGGUUUUCUCUCAAUCAGAAAUCUCUGACAGGUAGCGGGCAGCACAAGAUGGACAGUAGUGCUGAUACACGUCCGGCAAAGAAGGCAAGACUUAUGGACAGGGCUGGUGAAACAGAUAAGACAGUUGCCAAGAGUGAGACGAAGUUAAACAUCAAUUAUGAAAAUCAUAAUGCUGUGAAACAUGAGCAAUCUACUGCUGUGGAAACAUGUAAAAACACAAUUCUUAAGACUGGUAUCGGUGAUGAUAGGGCACGGAAGUCAGGUGGUGCUGUAUCACCCAUAUCAAAGCUUCAUUCUGAGAUCAUGGAACCAGCAUCUGGUUCUUCUGUAACUCAGUCUACUGUUGCUGAUUCUCUUAAAAAGGGUUCCAGCAGGAAGGAGGAUGUCUCACGUGUUGAUAGGAAAUUGGUUAAACCUAAGAGAAGAGCGUGUCGUUUUGAUGAUGACGAGGAUGAAGGACAGCAAACACCACUUCAUAGAACUUCUGCCAAAUCUCUCUCUACGCAUAUAGUCCCAACUGAGAAACCAGGUAGUCGGGGAAAUUUUGCUUCGCAUGUUGGCAACGCUUCUGGAAAAAAACCAGGCCCUGCCAGAGAAGAGAAAUCAAGAAGUGUUAGGAUGUCACCUGUGAAGCAUGAGCCAGUUUUUUCUUCACCGAGUCAGGAUAAAGUGCAUGCUAGACACCAGUUAAUGGGGAGAAAUCUGAUCACAGGGUCGGUUGAGACUCCUGUCAUUGGUAACAAAAUGAGCCUGGUUGAUGGCAAAUCCUCUGCUCAAGUAAAAAUGCCGGCAUGCUCUGAGGUGAAGAAACUUCAUAGUACUUCUAAACCAUUGCAAGUAACAUCUGGGAAAUCCCAUUCCCGAAACUAUCCUGCUUCAGAAAAGAUCGCCUUGGUGCCCAAGUCAGAAGAAACAAAGGCUAAAUCUAAACCAGCUACAUCUGUUGAGCAUAAGGUGGCCACCACUUUGUCAACUGAACGGACUGGGAAGCGGGACCACCUGAAAGAGGAAAGAUCAAGUUCUGUUGAUAAAGCAGCUUAUUCUGAACCUAACCCUGACUCGGCCAAGUCAAUAAAACAUCUUAUUGCAGCUGCCCAAGCAAGGAGGAACCUUAUGGCUUCUGCUCUUGCAAAAUUUGAUGGGUCUUCGACUGAUAAUAGUGCUAUUACCUCUACAUCAUAUGGUUUGCCAAGACUAAGCCCUAGUCCUGUUUUUCGCAUUCCAUCCCCACCUAGAAUUGCUUUUCCUGAGAGUCCUGGUCAACGUAUUCUGAAAAGCCCAAUGGAGCUUGAUAAUGGUCAUGGAAAGAGUCCCAAAUCUAGGCAGGCCAGCGGUUCACCUAGUGGUGGUUCUGAUGCAGCAAUUGCUCGUGAUGCUUUGGAGGGAAUGAUAGAGACUUUAUCAAGGACAAAGGAUAGUAUAGGCCGUGCAACACGCCAUGCAAUUGAGUGCUCUAAAUAUGGCAUUGCUGGAGAGAUUGUCGAGCUUCUCAUACAGAAAUUGGAGAACGAGCAUAAUUUGCAUCGCAGAAUUGACCUCCUUUUUCUUGUGGAUUCCAUAACACAAUGUUCCCAUUCUCAUAGAGGAGUUGCCGGGGCUUCAUAUGUUCCCACUGUUCAAGCGGCAUUGCCUCGUCUUUUCGGUGCUGCUGCUCCACCUGGAGCUGGUGCUCGUGAAAACCGGCGCCAGUGCCUUAAAGUUUUAAGAUUGUGGCUUGAGAGAAAGAUUAUGCCAGAAGACAUACUCCGAAAGUACAUGGGUGACAUUGAGGUGCCAAAUGAUGAUACUAGCACUAGUUUAAUGUUAAAGCGACCAUCCCGUUCUGAACGUUCUGUAGAUGAUCCUAUUAGGGAGAUGGAUGACAUGCUUGUUGAUGAAUAUGGAAGCAAUGCAACUUUUGAGCUUUCUGGAAUUUUAUCAUCAAAAGUGUUUGAAGAUGAUGAAGACUUCCCUCAAAACAAUGGGUCAUCAUCAUUUGUUUCACGGCCUGUUGAAGGUGGUGUCAUACAUGAAACUGAAGAUAAUAUUGCUCCAGCAUCUGUUGAGGAACACAUUAUUAGAGUAGAACAUGUAGCUACUGAUGCUGCUAUGGAAGAUGCUUUAGAGUUACUUGGCAACAACCAACAGACUCAUGGAGCUGUCAUUAUUGAACAUGACUCUAGUCAAGGUCCAGGUUCAGAGCAGGCAUUGAUCGCCCAGAAUGAGCUUCCCCCUCUACCUGAUGGCCCUCCACCACUUCCAUCAGAUUCACCACCACCUCCACCUCCUUUGCCUCCUUCACCACCACCCGCUACACCGCCACCACCACCUCCACUCUCUCCAGCUUCACCACUUCCGCCACCACCUCCCCCACUACCAUCUGGACCACCUCCUCAGCCUGCACCACCACCUCUGCCAACCCAGGACCCACCUCUUCCUUCUAUUCCGCUGCCUGUUUCUUCAUCUCCGUUGUCAUUGGGUUAUCAGCCUCCAGCGCCAGAGUACUUCAUGACGCCCAAUGGUAAUCAAUUGGCCCAGAUGACAGUAAACACAUCAAUUCAAGCUAUUGGAAAUACAACAACCUUCAUUCCUGGUGGACCAGUUAAUGGACAAGCUGCAGUUAAUUUUGUUACUUCAAUGCCGGCAGAAUUUGGAAAUACUAGCGUAUUUAUGGCGCAAGCUUCUAAUGGUAAUUACCAGUUUCGGCCAACUGGUGUACCUUUUCAGCAAGGGAAUUUCAGUGCCUUUCCAUCUGCACAAACACCUCCAGUUCAUCCCCAUUCUCGUAUGGCACACAUGAAUCCCAUGGGCCAACAAGCUGUUGCACCUCCACACAAUCCUUAUGCUGCACAGUCCUUUCCAAACAGUCAGAGCCAUUAUCCAUCUGAAGAACAUUGGCGGAUGGCAUCUGGUAACUUCAGUCCAGAUGACCAGCAUAAUUGGAUAGCAAGUGGCAGAUCAUUACCUUGCUCAGAAGGGCCAUUUGUGCAUGAUGGAUAUUCAAGAUCAAACAUUGACAGAUCUUCAAUGAAUCCUAUGAAUCAUCAACAUACUGUUCUGAAUCAUUUGCCAUCUGGAGCACCACUACCAGGCCAUAUUUCUCAGAUGCUACCAGCCAGGUCUGAUAUGCACACUCUUAAUUGCUGGAGGCCCUCUUGAUAGAGUUGUAAACUGAACUUCUUGUUUGUGAUUUUGACAUGGAAAGCUCAGGGCAUUGGAGGCAAUUUGAAUUGAGUUCAACAACUGGUGGCUGUUAGUCUGAGAUGGAGAUGCACUUGCCAGGGUUUAACGAUGAGAUCUGUCAUAGUAUGUGGAAUGGACAUUUUACAAUGUAACUAGUCCUGACAACAGUAUCCAGCAGACAAUCUCUCUUAGUGUGAGCUCAUCUUUUCACAUGACGCAAAUGUCCUCCAGUUUUUUAGAUGUUGCUUCCAGUAUGGAUCAGGACAGCGAACUGUUCCUAUGCUAUGGUAGUAAAUAUCUUGUGCAGAUACAUUAAUUAUAAAUAGAGGUCUGGUAGUAAAUACCAGGAACUGGUAUCAUCAAGGCAUUUUGUCACGGUGCCUAUGCUAUGGUUCGCUUUUUUCUCUUAA